GAUUUUUUUCCUGAAUGAUCGUUGCGAUGACGAAAUUGAUCGAUCUGUGAAAGUGUAUUGCUUCUUGUGAACUCAAAGCUUCGAUUACAACCUGUCGAAGCUGAGAUGUGACCCCCUUUCUCAGUAAGCUACGUCGUCCGCUCCAGGGAGAACAAUUUGGAUGUUAACUGUGGAUGAGGACUCUCAUGAAUCCAGAUACAGAGCUCAAGGGAGGUAGGGGGUUUCUGUCGUAUGCGAAAAGAUGAGAAGGGAGACGGAAGAGUUUGGCAGAAUAUGUCUAAAACUGAAAUAAAAAACUAAAAUUGAAAACCUAGAAGUUAAAAAUGAAAAGAGAAAAAAGUUGGGACAUAAAAGAUAUGCAGCCCACAAUAGUAGAUUAUACGGGUAAUUUGCACUAACGAAAUUCCAACGAGUUAGUAAAUGAGUUGACCCGACCCAAUUUAUAUGAAACAUAACUUGUCACGUGUCAAGUUUGAUCGGGUCGGCCCGUUUGAGAUUCCUCACCUAGUUUAAUCACGCCACGUGGCAAGAAGUUCAGAAGCCUUAUGAAUUUCUAGGAGAAAAAAUAAAGAGAGGAUGCCAUAAAGCUUUGCAGAAAUGGGUUGCUGCUCGCCGCCUACAAUUUUCUUUCUCGGAAGCAAUCUGGGGACAGCAUCUCGGUUAGUACUCAAGCCAUACCGAAGUGGGAAGGUGAAAGGAAAACAACAGCUUAGAAGAUCUUUGGAGAUCAAAGCAGAAGUUGAAUUUGUAAAUGCCAAUGAGGCAAAGAAACUUGUUGCUGUUGAUGGGUAUGUAGUGUUAGAUGUGUGUGACAAGACUCAAUUCGAGCGAUCCCAUAUAAAAGAAUGUCAUCAUGUUCCACUCUUUAUCGAAAAUAAAGAAAAUGACUUAGGAACUGUCAUAAAGAGAACUAUGCACAACAAUUUUUCUGGUUUAUUUUUUGGUCUGCCUUUUACUAAACCAAAUCCUGAAUUUCUGCAUUCUGUGAGAAGCCAAUUUUCACAUGAAAGCAAGCUGUUACUUGUUUGUCAAGAAGGAUUAAGGUCUGCUGCUGCUGCACAGAGGUUAGAAGAGGCUGGUUACCAGAAAAUAGCAUUCAUAACAUCAGGGCUUAAGUCCGUGAAACCAGGAACAUUUGAUUAUGUGGGUUCCACGGAGUUGCAAAAUGCUGGCAAGGCUGGUUUAGUUACUGUACAAGGCAAAAUUUCAGCUGUGUUAGGAACUGUGCUAAUUUGUAAGUUUUCUGUCAUGAGAAUCCAUAUUUUUUCUUCAUUCAGCAAUCUGUUUUUUCCUAAAUGAUCAAACCCAUAGGUGCAUUUCUCUUUAUCACAUUCUUCCCCGAACAAGCGGAAAAGCUACUUCAAAUCGCUCCUGCAAGCUUUGCCCCAAAGUGAGCGUGUCUUUCUUACAAAUCUGGAGAGCUUAGCCAUCUGUUAGAGCAAAUAUUAUGUCUACUUGUAGUGACUAUGAAAUUUCACGAAAGAUACUGCGUGAAACAAUUUUCAAGAUCGUACAUAGUUUAUUUCCACACGAAAGAUAUAUUUUUAGCCUUCAAGCAUCAAAAGAAAUGGUUCUGUUAGGUCACAUAGAAAUUUGAACACGGUAAGGAUCCUAAACAUGUAGGACUCCAACGAGGCUUAUGCAAUAUGCAUUUCUAUAAAAUCGCCA